CAAACAAGAACUGGCACACAUUCGUUGAAAGACCCAGGCGGUAGUGCAUGUCUGAGACUUCUUUCGAUACAUUCAAAAAUCUCCUUCAAACUCUUUUACAUCGUCUGGUAUGAAGGUUCCAAGGCCCUGAUUCAACAUGGCAACUUCCGAGACAAAAGAGAAGACGUGUGUGGUGUGUCUAGAAGCUCCAGCUGUCAAAAAAGUGGACACGUGCCAGCAUUUCUACUGUGAAAACUGUCUGUCGUCGCCUGACUUCGCUUGCCCCCAGUGUGUGAUAGAAGGGUAUGGUGGCCAAGGAGUCAACAGUACUGGUGGUCCCGGUAAGGAGGGACAACCUGACGGAACCGGGGCACCAGAACUCGCGACAAAGAAUCUGAAGAAGACGGGUACCAACUGUAAAAUCUGCCACUUCAACGGCGAGCCAGUUAGAGCUACCCACGUCUGUAUCAAGUGCAAGCAGCUGCCACUGUGUGUGAACUGCUCAAUCGCGCAUAGACUAAAUAAAGCUACUCAGAAACACGUAGUAACCGUCAUUGGACGGUCAAGGAAUGACCGAUGUACCAUCCAUGAUGAACCACUCGAGCUUGUUUGUGCUUCAUGUUCAGAGAACAUCUGCCAUGUUUGCAUGUCUAUAGAACAUGUUGGACAUGAAAUUGAAACGAUCAACGAGGCUGUUUUCGUGGAAUUUGAUGAAGUUAGAAUCGGAAUGGAAUAUCAAAAGAAAUGGUUGGAGAUGUUGAGGUCCGAUGAAAAAGAACUGAAGGAAUUGAAAGCAUCUGCACAAGAAAUGGAGGACGUGUUGAUCAAGUCGAUUGAAGACCACGCUGAGAAGUGUAUUGAGGAGAUCCUGAAGAAUAAGGAGGUUUUGAAGAAACAAGUUAGGGCCGACCAUGAGGUUGUGAGAGUGAUGGAGAAACGGUUGGAGGCAAUGCCAGAGUUACAGAAGGCAUCUGCUGAUGUUGCCGCUGCAGCGGAUCAGCUCCUGAGCGAGCAGGCAGAGCUACAUUCGACCUACAUCGAACAGCUGGUAGUGUUCAAGCAAAAGCUAGACAAGUUGCAGGAAGCCCAUCCUGCUUAUAAGAUGGACAGGGCAAACUAUCAACAAACUUUCAGCGAACUUCGUGGGAAGGCCGUGAGAUUUUAUCCGAGGAAGCUUGAUUGUGAGAUUGGCGGCUUUCGGGAUCCAGGGCCUAUAUGUGGUGCAGGUGGGCCAUGUGUGUGUGAAACGUGUGAAGAGGAAUUCAAGUGGCCAAAUUUUACCAGAGAGGCAGAAUGUCGUCAGAAGGGGAUAUGCACCUGCGGGACAUGUGAAUGUGUUUUUAAUCGUUCAAAGCUCUACGGGGAUGGAAGGUGUAAUGAAAUAGAGGGGGGAUAUCGUUGUGGAUCUAGGCUUACGUCUAAUUUUGGCAUUACUAAAAAGAUGUACAGGUUCCCUUAACGGGCUUAUAGGUUUAGAAGAGCCUCGCAGAUGCUGGAGUAAGAUGCAACAUAUAUGAUUCUGGGCCGCGCGUGUGAAACAUGUGAACGAGAGGCGGAUGCGGCGAGCCGAGGGUUGUUGAACGUCGUCAGAACAUGCGAAAGGGGACUUGCGAUCGACGCACUUGCAGUAGAGGAAUUUGUAAUGAUGAAGUUAAAUACUCAAAACAGUAAAGAAAUUAUUCAUUGUUGUGGUUCUCAUGAUUGCUGCGACAUCCCGGUGUGACAGCGGAUAUAGUCCCCCUGGAGUCAUAGUCCGGUAGCAUUGUAUUUGACCAAUUAAGCAGCAUGAUCUAUUGUACCGCUAACCCUAACCAAAACAUUUAGCAAUGCAGGCUAUUGUUACACGGACUAUCAGCCCUAGGACUACUAUCCCUUGCACACCGGCAGGAUUCCAACUGAUGAUCGGAGAAACUCCUUUAGUAUAAAUAUUGGUACACUUUGAACAUUAUUCUAUGCCGCAAAAUAUUUGCAAUUAGCAAAAAAAUGGCAAAAGGAAAUACGCACCAGCGAACUAAAGCUUCAGUAAUGUAGGUGUUACCUUUAACUUGAAGGCAGAAAAAAGGCAACGCCCGAAUAAUUAUAAUUGACACACAUCAUCAGUACACUGUAAUAAUACUUUACUACCCAAUUAUCAAUUAUAUAUCUGGGCGUUUUAGCUGAGCUGGCGUAUUGUCACAUGUAAUUUUUAUGACUGGGUGUGUGUUUUUUUAUGCGGGGAUCGUCUAAAGGUUAUCAUACUUUACCACGUCAGAUUUCCAUGACUUUAUUUGCUCUUGGCGGUUGAAGGCUAUGGGCCCUCAUGGGAGUUGUUUCGUGGGGGUCGAUGUCAUCCAUUUGCGCUGAUAACCCUAUGGUAUGGCAGCAGAAAAGCGGGAACUAAAGCCAAGGCGUUAGCGGGCUUUGACAAUGGAUCAGGGCUGGGGCUCAAGGAGCAAAAUAACUUACAUCUAAGCAUGUCUAAUGAGUCCACCGCUACUAGAGGUAGAUCUAGUUAGGGGGGGGGGUUAGUAUCGUAUGUGGAGUGAAUGGAUAAUGAUGUAACAUCACUGGCAAAUCCGAACCAAACAUCUAGUAACUUUCGAUUUCAGGACGAUGUCCCCUUUCUAAGAUGUUCGAAAGAGUUAACGCUAAUGUAAAUUUGUUUGCGAAAAUAUGUGUUUGUGAAAUAUGCUUUUGUGAAAUAGACCCUAUAUCAUCUAUAUACUGUACGUGUUGUGUGUAAUUUGAUGUUUCCAACUAGUUAUUAUUUGUGUUUUUUUGAACCAAAGCUUCAAACAGAUUUUGUGUAAUAUUAUUGUUGACAAUAAUUCCAAUAAUUGCUGUCACACACCGGCAGGAUUCCAACUGAUGAUCGGAGAAACUCCUUUAGUAUAAAUAUUCGUACACUUUGAACAUUAUUCUAUGCCGCAAAAUAUUUGCAAUUCGCAAAAAAACGGCAAAAGGAAAUACGCACCAGCGAAAUAUAGAUAUAUAUGUAAUUUUUGUGUUGAAAUUUUCUCUGUAAUCACUACAAACUAUUAGUUUAUGUGAAUAAAGCUAUUAUUAUUA